GUGACAGGUGACAGGACACCCACUCACGACUCUCUCUGCUCUCUCCAGGGCCCCGCCGGUCCCCGCGGUCUCCCCGGCCCUCCCGGUGCUCCCGGUCCUCAAGGUUUCCAAGGUCCCCCUGGUGAACCUGGAGAGCCCGGUGCUUCUGGUCCCAUGGGUCCCCGAGGUCCCGCUGGCCCCCCUGGCAAGAACGGAGAUGACGGUGAAGCUGGCAAGCCCGGCCGCCCCGGAGAACGGGGUCCCCCCGGCCCUCAGGGUGCCCGAGGUCUCCCCGGAACCGCCGGCCUGCCAGGCAUGAAGGGACACCGAGGUUUCAGYGGUCUGGAUGGUGCCAAGGGUGAGCCUGGACCUGCUGGCCCCAAGGGAGAGCCCGGCAGCCCCGGAGAGAACGGAGCUCCUGGGCAGAUGGUGAGUGCGGGACCUCGGGGAGGGGGUUUUUUGGGGACAGGGGACAGGCUGGGGGGUGACAGCAGAGGGGGACCCCGCUCGUGCUCGGGGAUCCCCCCGGGAAUGGGGCGGGAGGGGGGUCCAACUGGUCCCGCUGGUCCCCCCGGCUUCCCCGGUGCCGCUGGUGCUAAGGGUGAGACCGGUCCCCAGGGAGCUCGUGGCAGCGAAGGUCCCCAAGGUGCCCGUGGCGAGCCCGGUCCCCCCGGCCCUGCUGGAGCCGCCGGUCCCGCUGGCAACCCCGGCGCUGACGGUCAACCCGGUGCCAAGGGCGCCAUCGGCGCUCCCGGCAUCGCUGGCGCUCCCGGAUUCCCCGGUGCCCGCGGUCCCUCCGGUCCUCAGGGUCCCAGCGGUGCCCCCGGUCCCAAGGGUAACACCGGCGAGCCCGGCGCUCCAGGCAACAAGGGUGACACCGGUGCCAAAGGCGAACCCGGUCCCGCUGGUGUCCAAGGUCCCCCCGGCCCCGCUGGCGAGGAAGGCAAGAGAGGAGCCCGCGGUGAGCCCGGUCCCGCUGGGCUGCCCGGUCCCGCUGGCGAGCGCGGCGCUCCCGGCAGCCGCGGUUUCCCUGGCGCUGAUGGCAUCGCYGGUCCCAAGGGUCCCCCCGGUGAGCGCGGCUCCCCCGGCCCCGUCGGCCCYAAAGGAUCUCCUGGUGAAGCUGGACGCCCCGGGGAACCCGGCCUCCCUGGCGCCAAGGGUCUGACUGGAAGCCCCGGUAGCCCCGGUCCCGACGGCAAGACUGGCCCCCCCGGUCCCGCUGGCCAAGACGGUCGCCCCGGUCCCCCCGGUCCCCCCGGAGCCCGAGGCCAGGCCGGUGUGAUGGGAUUCCCUGGUCCCAAAGGUGCUGCGGGCGAACCCGGCAAACCUGGUGAGAGAGGAGCUCCCGGUCCCCCCGGCGCCGUGGGCGCUGCUGGCAAAGACGGUGAAACCGGUGCCCAAGGUCCCCCCGGCCCCACCGGUCCCGCUGGAGAAAGAGGUGAACAAGGUCCCGCCGGUGCUCCAGGCUUCCAGGGUCUGCCCGGUCCCGCUGGCCCCCCUGGCGAGGCUGGCAAGCCCGGUGAGCAGGGUGUCCCCGGAGACGCCGGAGCCCCCGGUCCCGCUGGUGCCAGGGGUGAGAGAGGAUUCCCCGGAGAACGCGGCGUCCAAGGUCCCCCCGGUCCCCAAGGUCCUCGCGGUGCUAACGGUGCUCCCGGUAACGAUGGUGCUAAGGGUGACGCCGGUGCUCCCGGAGCCCCCGGGAACCAAGGUCCCCCCGGUCUGCAGGGCAUGCCCGGAGAGCGCGGUGCUGCCGGCCUGCCAGGCGCCAAGGGUGACAGAGGUGACCCCGGUCCCAAAGGUGCUGAUGGCGCUCCUGGCAAGGACGGUCUCCGAGGCCUGACCGGUCCCAUCGGUCCCCCCGGCCCCGCUGGUGCUCCUGGCGACAAGGGUGAAGCCGGUCCCCCCGGUCCUGCUGGUCCCACCGGUGCCCGUGGUGCUCCCGGUGACCGCGGCGAGCCCGGCCCUCCCGGUCCUGCUGGAUUUGCUGGCCCCCCUGGUGCCGACGGCCAGCCUGGUGCUAAAGGUGAAACUGGGGAUGCUGGAGCCAAGGGUGAUGCCGGUCCCCCCGGCCCUGCCGGCCCCAGUGGUGCUCCCGGACCUGCUGGUGCUGUUGGUGCUCCCGGUCCCAAAGGUGCUCGCGGAAGCGCUGGACCCCCUGGUGCUACUGGUUUCCCUGGUGCUGCUGGAAGAGUUGGACCCCCCGGCCCCUCUGGUAACAUCGGCCUCCCCGGCCCUCCCGGCCCCAGCGGCAAAGAAGGUGGCAAAGGCCCCCGCGGUGAGACCGGCCCCGCUGGCCGCCCCGGAGAGCCUGGCCCCGCCGGUCCCCCCGGUCCCCCCGGCGAGAAAGGAUCCCCCGGAGCUGACGGUCCCAUCGGCGCUCCCGGUACUCCCGGACCCCAAGGUAUCGCCGGUCAGCGCGGUGUGGUCGGUCUCCCCGGACAGAGAGGCGAGAGAGGAUUCCCCGGGCUGCCCGGUCCCUCUGGUGAACCCGGCAAACAAGGUCCCUCCGGCUCCCCCGGCGAGCGCGGUCCCCCCGGUCCCAUGGGUCCCCCCGGUCUGGCCGGACCCCCCGGAGAAGCCGGACGUGAGGGCGCUCCCGGUGCUGAAGGUGCCCCCGGCCGUGACGGUGCUGCUGGUCCCAAGACCGAUUCAGCAGCGGAGGGAGGAGCAGGGUGCUCUAACCUGUCCCCUUCUCUCCUGUCGCAGGGUCCCCAAGGUCCCGCUGGCCCCCCUGGUCCUGCUGGUGCUCGUGGUCCUGCUGGUCCACAAGGUCCCCGUGGUGACAAAGGUGAAACCGGUGAACAGGGUGACAGAGGCAUGAAGGGUCACAGAGGCUUCUCCGGUCUCCAGGGCCCACCCGGUCCUCCCGGCUCUCCUGGUGAACAAGGUCCUUCUGGUGCUUCCGGUCCCGCCGGUCCCCGAGGUCCUCCUGGCUCCGCUGGUGCUGCUGGCAAGGACGGUCUGAACGGGCUGCCCGGUCCCAUCGGUCCCCCCGGUCCCCGCGGCCGCACCGGAGAAGUCGGCCCCGUYGGUCCYCCCGGUCCCCCCGGUCCUCCCGGUCCUCCCGGCCCUCCCAGCGGCGGAUUCGACUUCAGCUUCCUGCCCCAGCCGCCCCAGGAGAAGGCGCACGACGGCGGCCGCUAUUACCGGGCCGACGAUGCCAACGUGAUGCGCGACCGCGACCUGGAGGUGGACACGACCCUCAAGAGCCUGAGCCAGCAGAUCGAGAACAUCCGCAGCCCCGAGGGCACCCGCAAGAACCCCGCCCGCACCUGCCGCGACCUCAAGAUGUGCCACGGCGACUGGAAGAGCGGUCCGUGUCCCCGCGGUCCCCGCCGGCGCCUCGGGGCUUUCGGCUGCAGCUCUGGUGAGGUCCGGUCAGGUCCAGGGCUCACCUCUGCCCACCGUCCAUCCCCGCAGUUCGAAUACGGCGGCGAAGGCUCCAACCCCGCUGACGUGGCCAUCCAGCUGACCUUCCUGCGCCUCAUGGCCACCGAGGCCUCGCAGAACGUCACCUACCACUGCAAGAACAGCGUGGCUUACAUGGACCAGGCCAGCGGCAACCUGAAAAAGGCGCUGCUGCUGCAGGGCGCCAACGAGAUCGAGAUCCGCGCCGAGGGCAACAGCCGCUUCACCUACGGCGUCACCGAGGACGGCUGCACGGUGGGUGGCGGGGUGGCCG